AUGGCUAACUUGAAUUCGAACAGACAUGUUAUUGUUAUCGCACCAAACGAGAAAACAUUUGAAAAAAUCAUGUCUAUUGUCCAAUGUGCAGACAAUUGUGGUGAAACAAAACAUAUCGCUGAAUCUACCAAUGAAGAUAAAACAAAGGGAUCGCAUAAACGACGUAAAACCGAUUUGACCUGCGUUGUAUGUAAUGAUAAAUGUUCUGGAUAUAAUUUCAAUGUCAUUUCUUGUGAAUCAUGUAAAUCAUUUUUUUAUCGAAAUUCCACACAAAAUCUAAAGGAUCUCAAAUGUUUAACAGAUACGAAGAAUUGUAUUGUAAAUUUUCAAAAUAGACGUAAAAUGUGCAGAUACUGUCGACUUCAGAAAUGUUUAUCAGUUGGUAUGAAAUGGAUGUCUUCGACAAGUGAUAAGUUAACUAGACAACAACAAGUAGAAGAAAAUCGACGAUUUACAGAGAAUAGAACAAAUAGUCUCAUACAAAGAAGCUCUGUCAACUUUUCUCCGCAUGAAAAUGAUGACGAAACUUUAGAAACAGAACCAGCUAUCGAACAACUUCUCGCUUCUCAAUCACCAUGUCGACCACUUUCCCAAGAACAUUUUCUCACAAGCGACGAUCACAAUCGUCUCAAUUUGAUAAAAUCUUGUUACGAAAAAGCUUUUCAACAUGCAACAGUCAAACGCGACAUAUCUGUUUUCGAUCGUACAAUUGACCGACGUUGGGGUUUGCUCUAUUCCGCUUCACUUUUCUAUGAUAUGGGUAUGAAAAUCAUAACAUUCAGUCGAAGUAUUCCGGAAUUCGAAUCACUCAAUGAACAAGAUCGAUUUAUACUAAUUAAAUAUAAUUCCCCUAUGGUGUUUCACAUGCGUCUCUCUUUAAUCUUUGAUCCAAAUAAAGAUCUUGUUAUUGAACCGGAAGCUGAAAGCGAAGAACACGCCAUGAUUUGUGAACAAAUAUCACAAUACUGUUAUGGAAGUCAAUUAAGUUUAUUAUCAAAUGAACUUCUCCGUUCGAUUAAGAACAUUUCUGAUGAUGAUCCGAUGGUUUUAAAACUAAUGAUAAUCAUACUAUUGUUUGGGAAAUCUGUCGCAGCUGAAGAUAUUAUCAUAAAUGAUCAACCAAUUCUUAGAAAUGGCAAACAAGUCUAUGAAGCACAGUUGAUCUAUACAAAUCUUCUCUUUCGUUAUAUGAUCGAAAAAUAUUCGGAUUAUUAUCAAGCAGUACGUCAAUAUUCACAGUUAAUACAAAAAACGAUCCAAAUGCAACUUUUAACACGAACAUUUCUACAAUUUCUACACGAACAACUAAUUAAUACAGGAGAUGAUGAAGUUAACCCGAUUAUUAAAUCAAUUUUACUCAUAAGUUAA